CUUUAUUAUGAUUAUUAUUAUUAUUAUUAUUUUUUAAGAAAAAAAAAAGGAAAAAUAAUAAAUAAUAAAUAAUGAGAUAUUUUAAAUUUUUAAUUUGUUUUUUAAUUUUAAAUUCAUUUUUAUUGGUAGUCUCUCAUCAUCAUAAAGAUGAUGUGAAUGACGAAAAUGAAAACGAAAACGAUCCAUCUACAAAUCCAGGUGGAACCGGAUCACCAUCUCCUACUGGAGGUUCCGAUCAUACCUUUUUACCUAAAAACAAUACUCCUACGGGUUCAACAAAUAAUCCAACAAAUGACCAAAGCGGCAAAAAUCCAACAAAUAGUCAAAAUGGCAAAAAUCCAACAAAUGAUCAAGGUGGCAAAAAUCCAACAAAUGAUCAAGGUGGCAAAAAUCCAACAAAUGAUCAAGGUGGUAACAAUCCAACAAAUAGUCAAGGUGGCAAAAAUCCAACAAACGAUCAAGGUGGUAACAAUCCAACAAAUAGUCAAAGUGGCAAAACUCCAACAAAUACUCUCAGUGAUAACAAUCCAAAAGAAGCUCUAUUUGAUAAUAAUUCAACGAAUUCUCAAGAUAAUAAUCCAAAAGAAGUUAUAAAUAAUAAUAAUCCGCAAAAUAAUAAUGAUAGUAUAGUUACUUUCACAUCUUCAAAUAUUAAUACUCCUUCUGGAACGUCUUCAACCACCAAUUCUCUUGCAGAUAAUAUUACACCCAAAUCAUUACCAACACCAAUUUCCAUGAGUUCCGGUAUAACUUUAUACAUUGGACAUAUAUAUAUUUAUAAAAUGAUUGGUGUAACUUUAUUUAUUAUGUUUGUUAGUGGAAUAGUUAUGAUAUAUCAUUAAAUUUAUAGGAAUUAAACUAGAGGGUUAUUAUAUUUAUUUGUAUUUUUUAACUAAUUUAAAAAAUUUAAAAUCGUGUAAAUUCUUUUAAUGACUCGUCAAUUCAACUGAUGUAAAAUCAGAACCUUUUGCGUUAAUGAUUCGAUUCGCAAGUUCUUUUUAAAAUUUUGUAACUAUUUUUUAAUCUCUGUUUCUUAUUCUCAAUAACAUGUUUACAGAUACAACAUAAAGA